GUCAAUCAAGGUGUAGAUCGAUCGUUCUUGGAGAAUGGUUUCGUUGUAGAUGCUGAGAAAUCAAGUGUAUAUAAUCUGGGACAGAUAAAGCAUCAUCUGUUAGUAAAACCUAACAUUGCAAGUUUACUGGGCCCUAGUGAUCCUGCCCAAUAG